AUUCAUUAAAAAGAGAGUGUUGUAAAAUGUGUAAAUAAAGAUUGCAAUAAAUGGUUUUGUAACGGAAAAUAAUAAGGUCAAAGUGCUUCGCAUAUAGUAAUGCAUUUAGUAAAAUCUAAGCAUAAAGAAGUUUAAUUACACCCAGAUAGUCCUUAAUAUGAUACUGCAAUAGAAUGUUAUAUUUGUGAAAAUAAAAAUAUAUAUUUGCUUGGAUUAGUGCAUUUAAAAAAUAAUGAAGAAUAGGGUUUAAUUAUAUGCAGGCAACCUUGUUUAAAUUAAAAAAGAUAUGGCGAUAUGGUUUGGGAAAUAGAAAAGUGGAAUCCUUUAAUAGAUGAAAAAGUUCUUGUAAAUUGGCUUGUUCCAUCACCAAGUGUAAAAUAAAUGUAAAAGGGAUUUUAAGCUACUUAAAAAUAAAUUUUUGAAUAUGAAGAACAAAUUAAAACAAAUCCAAAUUAUAAAUUAGCUUAAGGAGCAUUAUAAGGUUAAACUAAAAAGUUAAAAUAAGUACUACUUAGAUAUAAAAAUGGAAAACAUUAUUUUUAAACUUUUUACGAUUUAAUUGAAGCUGAAGCAAAUUACGAUUAAAGUUUAAAAGAAAAACUUCAUUAUAAUAGUAUAUCAGUAAGAUGGGAUACAUCUUUAAAAAAUCGAAAAGUAGCCUAUGUAAUUCUUCCUUAAGGAGAAGAAAAUGAAUUUAACUUACUUAGUGGUUCCGAAUUAAAAAUAAUUUAUAAGAAAAUGAAAAAAGAAGCGAAUGAAGAAGAUUGGAUUGCUAAAGGAACAAUAGUAAAAGUUGGUUAAAAUGAUGAAGUAGUAAUUGAAUUAAGUCAUCAUGUAAAGGAGACUCCUCCUUCAGGGAAAGGAUAUACAAUAGAGUUUGUAUGGAAACAUACUGCAGUUAAAAGAAUUAAAAAAGGAAUAAAAAAAUUUUGGUAAGAUGAAUAAUGUAUAAGUUCAUUCCUUUAUUUUUCGAUUCUUGGACAUUAAAAUUAAGAGGAUAUGCCCACUCUAACUAUUGAUUUGCCUUAAACAUAUUCACUUCCAAAUAUGCCAGAAUUAAACUAUUAUUAAGUUGAAGCUGUUAAAAAAGCUCUUUAAUAACCCCUUUGUUUAAUCUAAGGACCUCCUGGAACAGGAAAAACAUUUACAAGUACAGCCAUAAUUUAUCAUUUGGUUUAGAAUAUAAAAAGAACAGGGUAAAGAGGGUAAAUAUUAGUUUGUGCACCUUCAAAUAUAGUAGUUGAUUAAUUAGCAGAAAGAAUGCAUUACGCAGGGCUUAAAGUAGUUCGAAUGUGUUCAAAAUCUAGAGAAAUGGUUUCUUCUAGUGUAGAGUUUUUAACUCUUCAUAAUCAAGUUAGAAGCUUAGGUCAUGGGGAAUAUGAAGAAAUGUAAAAAUUACUUACUCUAAUGGAAGAUUAAGGAGAAUUAGAUCAUUAAGAUGAGGAUGUCUAUUAUUCACUCAAGAGAUAAGGAGAAAAAGAAAUCUUAUAAAAUGCAGAAGUUAUAUGUUCAACAUGUAUUUCAUCUGCAGAUCCAAGACUUAAAGAAUUCAGAUUCAAACAUGUCCUGAUUGAUGAAGCCACUCAAGCUAUUGAACCUGAAUGUUUGCUUCCUCUAUUAAAAGGAGCUAAGCAUGCGAUUUUGGUUGGAGAUCAUAGGUAAUUGGGACCUGUGGUUACUUGCAGAGAUACUGCUAAUGCAGGAUUAAAUAAAAGUUUGUUUGAAAGGUUAGUCAGUAUGGGUGUUAGACCUACUAGAUUAUAAGUUUAAUAUAGAAUGCAUCCUGAUUUAUCUAUUUUCCCUUCUAAUACAUUUUAUGAAGGAACACUUUUAAAUGGUGUUACUUUUAAUGAUAGGCAGUUUCAUGGAGACUUUCCAUGGCCAAAUAAAAAUAAGCCUUUGAUGUUUUUAAACUCUUGUGGAGUAGAAGAAAUAUCAUCAAGUGGUACUAGUUAUUUAAACAGAUAAGAAACUAUGUUAAUAGAAGAAAUUGUUUAUAAACUUAUAAAAGGAAAAGUGAGACCAGAUUAAAUAGGAAUUAUUACUCCUUAUAAAGGAUAACGUUUCUAUAUUGGAGAUUAUUUGUAGAAGAAUGGAAAAUUAAAUCCGACAUUAUAUUAAGAAAUUGAGUGUUGUUCUGUCGAUGGUUUCUAAGGUAGAGAAAAAGACUAUAUCAUUAUAUCAUGUGUAAGGAGUAAUGAAAGUUAAGGAAUAGGAUUUUUGACAGAUGCGAGAAGGCUUAAUGUGGCUAUAACGAGAGCAAGAUAUGGUUUAAUAAUAGUUGGAAAUGCUAAAGUUUUAGCAAGAGACAAUCUUUGGAAUAAUUUGUUAAAUUUUAUGAAAGAAAGUAAGGUUUUGGUUGAUGGAAAUUUAAACGAUUUACGAUAAUGUAAUUUGAAAUUUAGGCCAUCUUAAAAAUAUGUGCCUGAAAGAUCUGACUUUUAGAAAAACAAUGAUGAAAAUGAUGAUGCUAGGUCAACAAUAAGUUAUAGAAAUGAUAAUAUUAAUAAUUUUGAUAAUGAACUACCUAUUGGGUAGGGUUUUAGAAAUAGUGAGUUUGGAUUUAAUAAAAUACCUAAUAUGGCUCAAUUUAAAAAAAUUUAAAAAGACAUAACACUUAAUAACAUAUAAAAUAUUGGAGAGUUAAUUAUUAUUGGAGAUAAAGAUGAAUUUUAUACAGGAUAAUAAAUAAAAAUGAACUAAGAUAAAAUAUAAGAAUAAACCAAUUUUAUUCAAGAAUAAAAAUAUGAAGAAGAAUAAAAUUAAUAAUCAAAUAAAAAAGCAAAAACUUAAGAAAAAUAAUUUAGUUAUGGUAUUGGAGAAUUUAGUCUAGGGGCAUAAAAGUAUAAUUAAUUUGAUUUAGAUUUUUAAGAUGAUUUCAAAUGA